AUGGGAAGCCUCCACGGCCUGCGCCUGGUGGCUGGAAGCUGUCUUAGGUCAUGUGAAAGAGAUGCUUUCUCAUCUUUAAGGCUUACCAGAAACUCUGAUUUGAAGAGAACAAAUGGAUUUUGCAGCAAACCCCAGGAAAGUCCAAAGCCUCCAACCCACACUUACAGCCACAGAGUGCCACUGCACAAGCCUACGGACUGGGAGAAGAAGAUUCUAAUAUGGUCAGGUCGCUUCAAAAAGGAAGAUGACAUUCCAGAGACUGUCUCGUUUGAGAUGCUUGAUGCUGCAAAGAACAAGGUCCGGGUGAAGAUCAGCUAUGUAAUGAUUGCCUUGACAGUGGCAGGAUGCAUAUUGAUGGUUAUUGAGGGCAAGAAGGCUGCCAGAAGAAAUGAGACUAUAACAAGCCUGAACCUAGAAAAGAAAGCUCGUCUGAGAGAAGAGGCUGCUGUGAAGGCCAAAAUAGAGUAG